CAUAUAAUACACACGCAGGGUCGUCAAGUAGCAUUCCCAAGAGCAAAGCAAAAUCGAGGGAAAGAGAAUACAUGCGCAGGGUCCCAUGAGCAAAGCAAGAGGGCGAGGGUUUUCUGCACCCUUUCUUCGACUUACAAAGAGCGAACAGGCAAAAUCAGCCUUUCUUUGAGUUACAAAGAGCGAACAGGCUUUUUUUUUUUUCCCUCCAUUGCAGAGAGAGAUCACAGGAAGAAGAAAACGGGUUUAGGAUUUAAAAAAAGAUACAAAGAUGGUGUUAGCACAGUUAGGGGGGAGCAUCGCGCGUGCUCUUCAACAGAUGAGCAAUGCGACGAUUAUUGACGAGAAGGUGCUUAGUGAUUGCCUGAACGAGAUCUCCAGGGCUCUCCUCCAGGCCGAUGUCCAGUUCAAGAUGGUGAGGGAGAUGCAGCUCAAUAUCAAGCGUAUUGUCAGCUUCGAUGAACUAGCUGCUGGCCACAACAAGCGUCGUAUAAUUCAGAAGGCUAUUUUUGAUGAGCUGUGUAAUAUGUUGGAUCCUGGAAAGCCAUCAUAUACUCCAAAGAAAGGAAAAACAAGUGUUGUCAUGUUUGUUGGUUUGCAAGGCUCAGGGAAAACUACCACUUGUACAAAAUAUGCCUACUAUCACCAGAAAAAGGGUUGGAAACCAGCUUUGGUUUGCGCAGAUACAUUUAGAGCUGGCGCCUUUGAUCAAUUGAAGCAGAAUGCUACUAAGGCUAAGAUUCCCUUUUAUGGAAGCUAUAUGGAGUCCGAUCCUGUAAAAAUUGCAGUAGAAGGUGUAGACACGUUUAAGAAAGAGAACUGUGAUCUUCUUAUCAUAGACACCAGUGGACGCCAUAAGCAGGAAGCCGCGCUGUUUGAAGAAAUGCGCCAAGUGUCAGAAGCUACGAAACCAGAUCUUGUGAUAUUUGUGAUGGACAGCAGUAUAGGUCAAGCUGCAUUUGAUCAAGCCCAAGCCUUUAGGCAGAAUGUUCCAGUUGGGGCUGUAAUUGUUACCAAAAUGGAUGGUCAUGCUAAAGGAGGUGGAGCUCUUAGUGCAGUGGCAGCCACAAAGAGUCCAAUUACAUUCAUCGGAACUGGUGAACACAUGGAUGAGUUUGAAGUUUUUGAUGUUAAACCCUUUGUUAGUCGCCUUUUGGGCAUGGGGGAUUGGUCAGGAUUUAUGGAGAAAAUUCAUGAAGUUGUGCCUACGGAUCAGCAACCUGAACUUUUACAGAAGCUCUCUGAGGGGACCUUCACUUUAAGAAUCAUGUAUGAGCAGUUUCAGAAUAUACUAAAUAUGGGGUCACUUGGCCAGGUUUUCUCUAUGAUGCCUGGAUUUAAUGCAGAGUUCAUGCCAAAAGGCCAUGAGAAGGAAAGCCAAGCACGGAUCAAACGAUUUAUGACCAUGAUGGAUUCCAUGACUAAUGAAGAGCUUGAUAGUUCAAAUCCAAAGCUCUUUAAUGAGUCUCGAAUCAUGAGGAUAGCCCGGGGCUCUGGCCGAAGCGUCGGGGAAGUGAUGGAGAUGGUGGAGGAAUACAAGCGGCUUGCCAAGUUAUGGAGCAAGAUGAAGGGCCUCAAGAUUCCGAAGAAGGGGGAGAUGAGUGCUCUUUCACGAAACAUGAAUGCACAGCACAUGAGUAAAGUCCUUCCUCCCCAGAUGUUGAAGCAAAUUGGGGGAAUGGGUGGCCUUCAAAAUUUAAUGAAGCAGAUGGGCGGCUCAAAAGACUUGAGCAGCAUGUUUGGAGGUGGUGACAGAUGAUGCAGUCUGUGGACCAUGGAAACUUCACACAACCGAUUGGGCAUUGGUUGCCCAUCGACUUGCGCAUUUUUACUCUACAUCAGUUGCAAUCUAAAAAAAUUGAAUGGGCAACUCAAAAGACUUGAACUUGAGCAGUAUGUUUGGAGGUGGUGACAGAUGAUGCUGUUUGUGCACCAUGGAAACUUCACACCACCCAUUAGGCAUUGUCUUACUCAUAGUUGGGGCCAUCAGCUUGCUAAUUUCUACUCAUUAUUAUAACAUCGGCUGAGCAAGAUUGAAUCAUGAUUCUUGAUGGUACUUUUUUCUUUUAUAUGUACAUUUAUUGUAUCAAAGGCAGGCCUGUCUUAAGAGA